AUGCCGAAUUCCCUCACCGGUGGCCAGGCCCCCUCCACUACUCUGGACAUGGUUGGCCUGGUGGACCAGAGUCUGGGAAAUGCAGGGACCUCCAGUUCUGCCCCCAUCUUGGAAGAGGGGAACAUGGACCCCUGGGCCCUCCCUGAGCUGAAGGACACUGGCCAGUCCUGGAAAGAGCUCAGCUUGGCCGGCAGGGUGCUCCGGGUGGUCAUCGGCUUCUUCAAGGCCUGUGGGCUCCUGGGCAGCCUCUACCUCUUCAUCUGCUCCCUGGACGUUCUCAGUUCUGCCUUCCAGCUGCUGGGCAGCAAAGUGGCUGGAGACAUCUUCAAGGACAACAUGGUGCUGUCCAACCCCGUGGCUGGACUGGUCAUUGGUGUGCUGGUCACCGUUCUCGUGCAGAGCUCCAGCACGUCCUCCUCCAUAGUGGUCAGCAUGGUGGCCUCAAAGCUGCUGACUGUCCAGGCGUCUGUGCCCAUCAUUAUGGGCGUCAAUGUGGGCACGUCCAUCACCAGCACCCUGGUCUCGAUGGCACAGUCAGGGGACCGGGAUGAGUUUCGGAGGGCCUUCGGAGGCUCAGCCGUGCACAGCAUCUUCAACUGGCUCACGGUGCUGAUCUUGCUGCCGCUGGAGAGCACCACGGCCCCACUAGAGAAGCUCAGCGCUCUGGCCCUGGGUACCACCAGACUACAGCCUGGGGGGCGCGCGCCCGACAUCCUCAAGGUGCUGACGCAGCCGCUCACACACCUCAUCGUGCAGCUGGAUGCCAACGUGAUUACGGGCAGCGCCACAGGCAACGCCACCAACGGCAGCCUCGUUAAGCGAUGGUGCAGCACCAGGGGAGAAAUGACGGUGGAGAACAGCAGCUACUGUGGAGUGGCCGCCCAAGGCCCCUGCCCCGAGAGGAACAGCUCGGCUGCCCUGGAGCAGCUGCCCUGCCACCACCUGUUCGCGGGCACGGCGCUCACAGACUUGGCUGUGGGCUUCAUCCUGCUGGCAGCCUCCCUGCUCGGGCUCUGCUCCUGCCUCGUCCUCCUCGUCAAGCUGCUCAACUCCGUGCUCCGUGGCCGCGUCGCCCAGGCCGUAAGGACGGUCAUCAACGCUGACUUCCCUUUCCCGUUCGGCUGGCUCAGCGGCUACCUGGCCAUCCUCGUGGGCGCCAGCGUGACCUUCAUGCUCCAGAGCAGCAGCGUCUUCACGGCAGCCAUUGUGCCGCUCAUGGGGGUCAGGGUGAUCAGCCUGGAGCGGGCGUACCCCCUCUUCCUGGGCUCCAACAUUGGCACCACCACCACAGCUCUGCUGGCAGCCCUGGCCAGCCCCGCAGACAUGCUGCUUAGCGCCGUCCAGGUUGCCCUCAUCCACUUCUUCUUCAACCUGGGCGGCAUCCUGCUGUGGUACGUGGUGCCCAUCUUGCGGCUGCCCAUCCCGCUGGCCAAGCGCUUCGGGGACCUGACCGCCCACUACCGCUGGGUGGCCAUAGCCUACCUGCUGUUCACCUUCCUGCUGCUGCCACUGGCCACCUUUGGGCUCUCCCUGGCGGGUGGCACAGUGCUGGCCGCAGUCGGGGGGCCCCUAGUGGGGCUGGUGCUCCUCAUCGUCCUGGUCAAUGUCCUGCAGCGGCACCGGCCAGUCUGGCUGCCCCACUGCCUGCGGUCCUGGGCCUGGCUCCCCCUGUGGCUCCAUUCUCUGGAGCCCUGGGACCACCUGGUGAGCCGCUGCUGCCCCUGCAGGGCCCGCAGCCCCCCUCGGGCCGCCAGCAAGGAGGCCCACUGCCAUGAGAACCCCGAGGUGCUGGCCUCCCAGCAGUUGUGA